UUAAGAACGGGGAAUCGACCUGGAGAUUAUCUGGAAUACCGACGACUUUUUGCCUUUCUGCACUUCUGAUCCAAAGGAACCUUUCUGAAUGGAGUUCGAGAAGCCCUUCCUCAGCCGCGUGCACGUUUUAUCCACUUAAAGUGUGGGGCUCACUUUUUGCUUUUCCCGUGGAGGAGGACCCGCUGUUGAACCGUCUUUGUGCGCGCUCUCUCCCGUUUCGCUAUUCGCCAGAGCAGCAUCGUCAUCGUCGGCGCUCGCGCUGCCUCUGUCUCCGCUUGUGCAGUGAGGACAUCAUGAAUUCGGAUAUUAACAUGUACCUGGGUCGAGAGAAAGCGGGGAUUAUGCGAAAGAGAGCCCUGCUACUCAGGAAAGGCUGCAGUUUCGAAAUAACGAGCUCAGCUUCAGAGGAUCUGGGGUGCAGGAGAGGAGAGUUCAGCCGGAAACACUAUGGAUCAGUUGAACUGCUCAUCUCCAGUGAUGCAGAUGGGGCCAUACAGAGAGCUGGGAGAUUCAGAGUGGAGAACGGUUCACUAGAUGAGACCUCUGACUAUAUGCCUGGAACAUGGAGGAGAACUGACGUCCAUUUGGAGAACCCAGAGUACCACACCAGAUGGUUUUUCAAGUACUUCCUGGGAAAAGUCCAUCAGAACUAUGUGGGAACAGAUGCAGAGAAGAACCCAUUCUUCCUGUCUGUGGUCCUGUCAGACCAGAACAACCAGAGGGUCCCACAGUAUCGAGCCAUCCUUUGGCGCAAGACGGGUACUUUAAAAAUCAGCCUUCCAUACAGUCCGACAAAAACACUGUCAGUCAAAUCUAUAUUAAGUGCCAUGAAUGUGGAUCGUUUUGAGAAGGGCCCCAGGGAGAUCCUUAACCCAGAGAUUCAGAAGGACUUACUGGUGUUGGAGGAGCAAGAGGGCAGUGUAAACUUUAAAUUUGGUGUUCUUUAUGCAAAAGAUGGACAGUUGACAGAUGAUGAAAUGUUCAGCAAUGAAACAGGAAGUGAGAGCUUUGACAAAUUUUUGAAUCUCCUUGGUGACACAAUCUGUCUGCAGGGCUGGGCCGGUUAUAGAGGAGGACUUGACACUAAGAAUGACACUACAGGAAUGAAUUCCAUCUACACAGUCUAUCAGGGUCAUGAACUCAUGUUCCAUGUUUCCACCAUGCUACCUUAUUCUAAAGAGAACAAGCAACAGGUAGAGAGGAAAAGACACAUUGGGAACGACAUUGUGACUAUUGUGUUUCAGGAGGGAGAUGAUGCCUCUCCGUCCUUCAAACCCUCAAUGAUUCGGUCCCAUUUCACACAUAUUUUUGCCUUAGUUCGAUAUAAUAUCCAGAAUGACAGUUACAGGUUGAAGAUUUUCUCAGAGGAGAGUGUGCCACUGUUUGGCCCACCCCUCCCUCCCCCUCCAGUAUUCACAGACCAUCAGGAGUUCAGGGACUUUUUACUAGUUAAAUUAAUAAAUGGAGAAAAAGCCACUCUUGAAACCCCCACUUUUGCUCAAAAACGUCAGCGUACACUGGACAUGCUGAUCAGAUCCCUGUACCAGGAUCUCAUGCCAGAUAUGCACAAGGUUCCCUUCUCUCCGCAGAACAUGCUGAACCGACGCUCCUUCAGUGAUGUACUGCCAGAGUCACCCAAAUCUGCCCGUAAAAAAGAAGAAGCACGUCAGGCAGAGUUUGUCCGAGUGGGACAGGCCUUGAAGCUGAAAACCAUAGUUAGAGGGGAUGCACCCACCAGUCUAGUCACCACUGGCCUUUGCAGGAAAGAGCCAUGGGAGUCACAGUCUUUCUGCAGCAGCUUCCCGUAUGAUAUAAUCUGUGGAGACUCAUGGGGACAGUCGUUACUGGUCGCCACAGAUUCAGCAGGGGUCAUGCUCCUGGAAGCCUCAGAUCCACUGUUCUCCAAUGCAGAUUCACCAACCCUGCCUCCAGUGCAGGUAUUUGACAAAACCUUGUCCAUCAAACAAAUGCAUGUACUGGAACCUCAGGAUCUCCUCAUUGCAAGAGCAGAUAAGGGGAAAGAUGCACGUCUGUAUGUUUAUAGACUGAGCACGCUCAAACGAGGGAUAGAGGAGCGGCAGCUUGUCCGCACCAAGUGUGACAGUCGAGAGAACAAGCUUGAGAAAACCAAAGGCUGCCAUCUCUACUCCAUAAACACACAUCAUGGGGUGGAGCUUAGAAUCGUUGCAGCGAUAAGAAACAAGCUCCUUCUCAUCACCAGGAAACAGCCACGCAUCGAAUGCCUCAGUUCUAUUGCUACAGUGACAGGGACUUGUGAGUCACCUGUGGAGGAGUUCCAAUACAUACGGGAGAUUUGCUUGUGUGACACCCCGGUGGUCAUGGCACUGGUUGAUGGUCCAACAGGAGAGAAUGAUCACAUGAUAUGUGUGGCCUACAAACAUCAGUUUGACUUGAUCAAUGAGAGCACAGGAGAUGCCUAUAGACUACACCAUGUAGAAGCCAACCGGGUGAACUUUGUUGCAGCCAUAGAUGUGUAUGAAGAUGGAGAGGCUGGACUUCUACUUUGCUACAACAAUAUUUGUGUCUAUAAGAAGGUGUGUCCAUUUAAUGGAGCCACACCCAUGAUUCAGCCCAACUCUUCAGACUUCUAUUUCAGCUGGAACCAAAUGCCCAAUGCUAUUGUGUGUGCGUUCCCCUAUAUCCUGGCCUUCACCACUGAUUCAAUAGAGAUCCGGCUAGUUGUUAAUGGCAACCUAGUAUAUACAGCUGUUGUUCCAGAGCUACAACUGACUGCAUCCAGAUCUGAUAUCUAUUUCAUCUCGUCAGCACCUAUAAACUCUGCGUCUAACUGUAGCUCCAGAGACACCAGCUCCCAGAGUUCACCUCAAACUCCCACCGGCUAUGAGAUGCCUGUCUUUCCUUCACCACUUGGAGAUGAUUGUAUCCGGAUCCCCUACGGCACCAAGCUAUCCCUCUAUAUGUCUAAAGACUCUGAAGGUGAAGCUCCCUCAAAACACAUCUAUAUGAUCCCGUUGAGUAACCUAGUUGGACGGAGCAUCGAGAGACCCCUUAAGUCUCCACUGGUCAAUAAAGUAGUCACAGCACCUGCCCCCAGUGUCAUAGCACCUGCUCCCAUGAUUGCAAGCACACUUUCACUCUCACUGUCUCGCAUGGAGAUCAAAGAGAUCGCCAGCCGCACACGCAAAGAACUGCUGGGUUUGACAGAGGAACCCAGCAGUAAAGCUGACAAUAAUUCAGUGAAACAGAGAAGAAUGAGCAAGAAAGCUAAGGAGGACGAGCAGAGGAGAACAGCAGGGAGCGCUACCACUGAACAAGUGGGCAUGGAGUCUGUAGAUGGAGAAACUGACGUCCACCUGCUUUGCUCAUCUGGCCCUGAGGUGGAGCUGCGAGAUGAUAGCCCACCCACUGCCAGUCCUUUUACCUUCACCACUUAUUUUGAGGAGGAUAUUUUGGACCUAAAGUGAUGAUAAUCACAGUUUGGGAAUCACAGUGCACCUCUCAACUUAUCACACAUCUUCCUACCUUUUACUUUUUUUUAAUCAUCUUUUUAUCACACUAUGUUGAAUUUGUGUCUUUGCCUUGUCUGCCUACUAUCUGAAGUAUGCAGUGUGUUAAUGAGUCCCAGAGCUUUACACCUGAAUGAGUUAACUGUGUGGUGAUGUCAAAAUUCACUCCUUGAAGAUGUAUGGUUGUGUAUGUGUGUAUUUAAGAUCCUAUGUUUACACUAUAAGAGAGAUACAACGUGAAAUUCAGGUGAUAUAUGAUCAUUUCAGAAUUCUGCUGAAAAUGACAAAUGUUGACAUCCCACAGAAUCUGAAUAAGUUAAUGUUUGAUUUAGUUUCUUUAGAAUGGUAAGGUCAGAUCUUACAUCAGCUUUGGAAAAAAAAUUGAGCUUUAAAAGUAAACUUGUAGCCAUACGAACAGAAAAUGGGAAACUUAAAAUGUUGGGCUUGAAUUUGAAAGGUUUGAAACAGUUUAAGGUCAAGGCAAAUAGUACUUUUCACCCCAGGACCUGAAUGUAAAAUAAUGAAACAUAUUUUUAAAUUCCUUCUUUGUGUUUUUAAAUGUUUUCUAUGUUUGUGAUUUGUACAUUGUGUGAUUAUUUCAAAGUUGUAAAAAACUAAAUGCAUCUUAGACCGGGUGCACACAUGAAAAUACAAAUGUAAACAUAUAUAUAUAUAUAUAUAUAUAUAUAUAUAUAUAUAUAUACCUUUCUAGAUAUUGUAUUAUGGACAAAUAAAACUCACUUCUUGUGUAUAUCAAUGUAAUGGUCUAACCUGCCUCCACCCUCACCAUGCUUUUAAACCCUGACAUGCAAUCCCUUGGUAGAAAGGGCGGGAGUCUCCCACAAGUGCCAUUUUGAACUGCACCCUUCAGCCAAUAGAGCCCUCCACCAGACUGACCAUGGUUUGCAGAUCUCAUGAGGCAGAAGCAAACACUACAUCUGUUCUAUCUAGUUCUAGCGGUUUACCGUAGCUUACUAUGAUACCAGUAUGAGCUAUGAUCCAUGAACACCCACAUUUUGCCUCUAUUUACAGACACCAUCAAAUGCUUUUUUAAAGUGCUGUUGCUUCUCGAAAAGGGCUCUGGAUCACCUGCAUGCCUCCCUUCAAUCCCACUAAGGUAAAGGGAUUUGAUGUAUUAGUAGUUUAGAAUUUAGAAUAAUGAAUUUGAAACAUUUGGAAAGAACCCUCCAGGAAUUUAGGUCAGGGUCACUUAGAUUAAAUCUCAGAUUCUAGUUAAAUAUGAGAAUGAGAAAAUGUAUACUACUGUUUACAGUUUAAACUCAAAGAUGUUUAACGAAUGUUAGCAAAGGCGUGACACCAGAAUAUACACAAGAGCCUCAGGAACAACACAAGGAAAGGGGGAUGAGUAAGUAUUAGAUGCGGAUAAACUGCUUAGCUAAAUGCAUGCCCCUCACUCUCACCUUCUUAAAACCUUUCUUCAUCUUAAUGUGAGCCAUGCAACACUAGUAGCAGCCUGGAAUAAAAAAGGAAAACAUGGGAAUAUUUUUGUAAAUGAAUUUUUAAAUAUUAUUUAUUUGCUAUAUGUUGUUUUUAAGAGGGAAAUGGGUGAGCCAGAGACUGACUGAAUUUUUGUUUCUGUUUUGAUUUUGGUUUUCCCCAUUGCAUCCUGUGUGUUGUCUUCUCUGUUCACCCUCCUAAGUUUUUUUGCAGUGGUUUUGUAUCUAUAUCGGUAUUAACUGUUUAGACUGUUGCAGAAACUCUGUGAUAUUGGAAUUAAACAAAAAUAAAUAAAAAAACACCAAGUGUCUUAAAAUAUUGUAUUGCCAUUGUUUUUAAUGCCAAGUACUACUUGUAAAUGUUAGUGUUUCAGAUGUGGCCUCAAUAAUAAUAAUAAUUAUUAUUAUUAUUAUUAAAGCAUUUAUUUGAAAAAGUGCUGUAGACCACUGCUGUAGAUAAUAUUGUUCAUUGAUAUGAAAUAAAUAUUUAUGAAAUUUGA